CAACAGAUCCAAGAUGGCGGACGAAGGAAUAGCUGUUGGAAUUCUGACAGUGAGUGACAGAUGCUUUCAAGGCGAGGCAGAAGACAGAAGUGGGCCGAACUUGACCAAACUAGUCCUCGAAGCAAAAGAGUUAAAUGUCAAGCAAAUAGAGCACGACUGUGUCCAAGAUAGCAUUCCUGAGAUAAAGAAAGUCUUGUGCAAAUGGAGUGAUGUUGACAAGCUUCAGCUGAUCAUUACGACAGGUGGAACAGGAUUUUCACCUCGUGAUGUAACCCCUGAGGCAACAAGUCAAGUUAUACAUCGUAUAUCACCAGGUUUAUCACAGCACAUGAUAGCAGAAUCCCUUAAAGUCACUCCACUUGCUGUUCUAUCAAGGCCUGUUUGUGGAAUGAGAAAUAAAACUCUGAUUAUUAAUCUACCAGGCAGCGUCAAGGGCUCACAGGAGUGUUUUCAGUUCACCCUUCCAGUCCUUCCUCAUGCCUUGGAUAUUAUAAAUGGCUCCCCAAAAGCAACUGCAACACAUAACGCUAUGGUAGCAAAAACACCUUCAAGCAAGGAUGCACCUGUACACGUUUGUCCUCACAAAGCUGGACGAGAUUUAAGCAAAGUGGCUGAAAGAGAUCGUCAUUCUCCAUACCCGCUGAUGCCAAUGGACAAAGCAAUCAGUGCCGUGAUGGAGCAAGCCAAUCAUCUUGGCACACACUUGAUUGAUGUACAAGAUGGAUUAGAUUGUGUUCUGGCAGAGGAUGUUUGUUCAGCAGCUCCAUUUCCUCCGUUCCCUGCUUCUAUCAAAGACGGCUAUGCAGUCUUAGCUUCAGAUGGACCAGGAGUUCGCAAAGUUGUUGGUCCUGUGACAGCAGGUGAAAUUACCUCCUCAGAAGUGACAUCAGGUCAUGUGAUGCGCAUAACUACUGGUGCUCCUGUACCACCUGGUUCAGAUGCAGUGGUUCAGGUUGAAGAUACAGAACUUGUGGAAAGUGCUGAUGAGGGAAAAACUGAAGUCAAGGUGAAGAUCUUGUCAACUCCCAAAGUUGGACAGGAUAUAAGGCCCAUUGGGUUUGACAUUUCAUCUGGAGAGCUGGUUCUAAGCAAAGGAGAUGUCCUGGGUCCUGCUGAGCUUGGUUUGUUGGCCACAGUUGGUGUUACCCAGGUAUCUGUUUUCAAGAAGCCCAAGGUUGCUAUCCUUUCAACUGGUAAUGAGAUUGUCCAACCCACAGGAAGCCCAAAGGCUGGUCAAAUCAGGGACAGCAACAAGACAACACUAACAGCAGCUGUGAAGAAAGAAGGGUUUGAUGUUAUUGACCUGGGAAUAGCUCGAGAUAAUCCUGAAAGUCUUGAAGCUACUCUUACCAAGGGUUUGUCUGAAGCAGAUGUUGUCAUAUCAUCUGGGGGUGUGUCUAUGGGUGAAAAGGACCUUCUCAAGCCAGUUCUUGAAGACAAACUUGGGGCUACUAUUCACUUUGGUAGAGUUUUCAUGAAACCAGGGAAGCCAACCACCUUUAGCACAGUUCCUUCUCAUUCAAAAAAGAAGUUAAUUUUUGCUCUCCCAGGUAACCCAGUAUCAGCUUUAGUUACUUUCUACCUUUUUGUUCUGCCUGCCCUGCACAAGAUGUCUGGUCAUCCGUCACCUGAUUUGACUCGAAUCAAAGUCAAGCUGGCAAAUGCCAUUGCUCUGGAUCCAAGGCCUGAAUAUCAAAGAGUUAAGUUGUCAUGGCAACCAGAUGAUCCUGUGGCUGUUGCCACGACAACAGGAAGUCAAUGCAGCAGCCGUUUACUGAGUCUACGGACUGCUAAUGCUCUUCUGGAGCUUCCACCAAGGUCUGAUACUUUGACACAAAUACCUGAAGGAAGUUUGGUGAAUGCUUUGAUCAUAGGGUCAGUGUAAUGAUGAUAAGUACUUUAUUAAUUCAUAUCAAACAUGGGUGUAUAGAGGGGUAGGCUCGAGGGGCAGUAGGCCCCCCCUCCCCCCUUAUUUUGGUUAUACAUUUUAAUACACCUACCAGUAAUAAAGCAUUUUUUUAUUUUUCAAUCGUAAUCAAAUCACUUGCAAGUACAAAAAGUUAUUUAAAAAUGUUUAGCAAUAAAAUAUAAAGCAUUUCUUAAUGAUGAAAAAACAACAGGAAGGCAUCAAUGAAAUGGAUCAAUUAAAAUCUUCAUAAAUGAA